AUUGGCUGCAGUCUCAGGAAACAGACAUGGCAGCAGCUACAGCACCAGCCGUCCCUGAGCAAACCUCUCCUCAAUCCUCGCCGCCAGGUUUUGUGCCUUUUGACCUAUCGCAGCCCCCGGUCAUUGAAGGCUUCAGCCCUCUGCCGAGGAACAAAGAUGAGACCUUCAAGGAGAAGUUUCUUAGAAAGACACAGGAGAACCCGUUCGUCCCAAUAGGUUGCUUGGGAACAGCAGGAGCGCUGAUGUAUGGCCUACGUGCCUUCCAUCAAGGGAAAACCAGACAGUCCCAGAUGUUGAUGAGGGGACGUAUCUUUGCCCAAGGCUUCACUGUAGUAGCCAUUAUUGUUGGUGUCUUUACCACAGCUAUGAAACCCAAGCAGUGAAGACGGACCAAUCCCACGCCUCUGCCACAGAUGAAAUAAACUCCCAAUCAAACCAAAUCCAGUGUGAAAUUGGACUGAUUUUAUUAUCUGAAUAAACUAAAUAAUGUAUCAUGUUUCCAGAAUUGUUCAGGUACAGAUAUGUUAAUGCCAACAUUAUUUAUUGUUGUUUGACUAUGAAUCGCUCAUGGUGAUAAAAUAUUCAGCUUCAGGCUUGCACCAACCCAAGUGUAAUCAGCUCCUACACAGUCGAAGGAAGCAAGCAGGAUUUGCCUUUUAUUGUGAUAUAAUAGUAUUGAAGUAAAUGCUGAUGAAUAUAAAUGAUGUGCUUAUUGCUUAAGUUCCCAUGUAUUGUCACUGAAAUGAACAAUAUAACACCUGGUUGAUUACACUUUAAUUUGAA